UCAUUUUUAAUAUCAGUCUUUAACUGAACAAUACUUUUGUAUUGUUCUUCUUUACAAAUAACGAGAAGUACAUAGUAUUCAACAUUAUUAUUUUAGAUAACUUGUCAGGAAAUUCUCUUUCAAAUAUUAUCGUAAAUUAAAACUGGCAAAAUGGCUUAUUUAACUGCCAUAUGCCGGUGCACUAAAUGAGUUCAGACGAACCGCAAAUCAAAUACCAAGAAGUAAGUCCAUUUCAAAUAAGUGAAGGAUUUACACCUACACGUAGUCAUAAAAUGGAACCUGUUAAAACUGGUCGUAUUUUUAUGGCCGCUGUUGCGGCCAAUUUAUCUGCUUUUGCUGUGGGUACUUGUUUAGGCUGGACCUCGCCCAUUGCACCAAAAUUAAAAUCGGAUGAUACUUCAGAUUCUCCUUUAGAUCAUAAAAUCGAUUCAACAGAUGAUGCUUGGAUUGCCUCGAUUGUGGCUUUGGGUGCUUUAGUUGCUCCCUUCGUUGCUGGUCCUUUGGCUGAUAAGAUCGGUCGCAAAUGGGUAUUACUUUCUAGUUCAAUAUUCUUUGUUGUUGCCUAUGUUCUCAUGAUGGUGGCUGGUGAAGUUUGGGUAUUAUUGCUGGCGCGUUUGAUACAAGGCUUUGGUGUGGGUUUCGUCAUGACAGUACAGCCCAUGUAUGUGGGUGAAAUAGCUACGGAUAGUGUAAGAGGUGCCACCGGUUCUCUUAUGCAAUUGUUUAUUGUGUCUGGCAUUCUUUAUGUGUAUGCUAUUGGUCCAUAUGUAUCCUAUCAGGCUUUGCAAUGGUGUUGUCUGGUGGUACCCAUUGUUUUCGAUGUAAUUUUCUUCUUUAUGCCCGAAAGUCCCUACUAUUUUGCAGGCAAAGGUCGUAAAACGGAUGCUUUAAAAUCGCUACAAUUCUUAAGAGGCCAAUCGGCUGAGGCUGUACAAGAUGAAAUGGCCACUAUACAGGCUGUGGUUGAGGAAUCUAUGGCUAAUAAAGGAAGUAUGGUUGAUAUUAUUAAAAAUCCUGGCAAUCGUAAGGCUUUGAUCAUCUCCGCUGGUCUUAUUGCCUUCCAACAGUUGUCUGGUAUUAAUGUGGUGCUGUUUAACUCGCAAUCUAUAUUUGAAAGUGCAAAUACUGGUUUGGAUCCUGCUAUUGCUACUAUUAUUGUUGGUGCUGUACAGGUGGGCUCCUCUGGUCUAACACCUAUCAUUGCUGAUCGUUUGGGUCGCAAAGUUAUUUUAUUGACUUCGGCCGCUGUCAUGAGUAUUGGUUUGGCCGCUUUAGGUGCCUUUUUCUAUAUUAAACUUGUGGUGGGUGAUACAUCCAAUGUUUUGUGGUUACCCGUUCCUGCUCUGGUCGUAUAUAAUAUUGUGUAUUGUGUUGGUUUUGGUCCUUUACCCUGGGCCGUUUUAGGUGAAAUGUUCCCCUCCAAUGUUAAGUCGAUAGCCUCCUCAAUGGUGGCCUCAACUUGUUGGAUCUUGGGUUUCUUUGUCACUUAUUUCUAUCCUGCCUUAGAUGCUAUGGGUUCAUAUUAUGCCUUCUGGCUGUUUGCUAUUUUCUGUGUGGUUGCCUUCUUCUUUACCCUCUUCGUUGUAAUGGAAACUAAAGGCUUAAGUCUGCAAGAGAUUCAGGAUAGACUUAAUGGCAAGAGAGGUUAAACAGCUUUAAACAUAAUGUACCAAACAUCAGGGAAGAAUAAGCAUUAACGUCACAUUCUAUUUAGUAAGAUAUCAACAUUUGUGUGUGUGUAUGUGUAUUGAAGUUUUGCCAAAUAUUUCAUUUGUUUAAACAUUCUACACGAAACAACAAAUUGAAAAGUAUUCCUUUAAAUAUUUAGUCAAUGAUUUAGUUUUAAUUAUGUACGAUAUACUAAUAAUAUGAUUUUACAAUAUAAAAUAUGAUUCCUUAAAUAAAAUAUUAAAUAUAAGAUA